GUCGGCGAUAGUGACAUCAAGGGUCUUGCGAUCUGGGUCCAGUAGAUCUGGAUCCAGAGGGUCUUAAGUCAACAUCGCGAUCUCGGCCGGCAUUGGGGCGGCGAGGCGAUCUCGGAACGCAAAGGUGACCAAGGCCUAGAGGACAUGGAGUAGAAGUCUAGGCUACGAAGAGUAAGUGAAGCAAACUUGAUGAGUGUUCAAGGUGACGGGAAGAGAUAGCGUCAGCAGCAUAUGGCCGGCUGGUAGUCGUGAUGAUAGAGAUUUAGGAUGGGACCUCCAGGCUAACACAUUAUCAGAACCGAAUUUGCAUUGGAGAGAACUAGUGCCUUCCCUGCGGCGAAGAAGAGCAACAACAAGCCGCUUGCAGCGUUAGGAUGUCUACGCUCCCAGAUCACCAGAUAUUUACUACGCGGACGGGCGCAUUCUUGAAGCAUCACUACGUCAAGAUCCCGCUAUAUGAAGCGGCAAGUACGUGUAAAGGAAGCCCUACAAGGCAACGCACCCAAACCAAGACAAUCCUACGGCCGGAUCCAGAUCAAGCCCGCCAGAUUAAUCGCUUAGGACUUGGACUUCUACGUCAGCAAAGGGACGAGCUUCCGCUCUGCUCCACAAGUCUUGCCAAGGUAUUCAAGCCUUCACACAUUGCACUUUUGAGUAGUUACCGGAACACCAAGAUCUUACCCAUACUACCGGGUACACAAGAUGAGGAAGUUCAACACAAGAUCACGGCUCAUCGGGGGACUGCUCUGUUAGUCGGUAGUCUGGACCAGGUGGGGAGAGGGAACCAGCGAUCUUGCGGAUUUCGCUGAUCCAGCUACACCACACACAUUGGGCCUGGUGGCAGUGUUUCCUCGACCAGCAUACGUGCCACGGCGCUGCUCUUUUCUUGCCAUGGUGCCGGAUUUUGGAUCUGGCUAGUGGAGUUGGUACUGGGCGGAUAAAUGCACUCGCCGCCAUCACCACUUAGUCUGUGGGAUUCGUCGUCUCCGUAGCAUGGCCACAUUAUGAAAUAUCCGCGGUCGAGAUAGGCGCACCCUCGCUGUUCUAGCUGUCGCACUAUUAGUAGCAUCCAUAGCGACUGAUGUAGUGAAGCUGGGCGAAUUAAUUUAACUUUGAUCAUCAACCGACCAUUAUUCUCCA